AUGGUCCCUGAAGCAAAAAGAGAGACGGGAUUGGAGAAGAAAACAAUCAAGGGGUAUGCACACCGGACGGUCAACAACGGGCAUAAGGUGAAGUACAAGUCGAAUUUUGUAAUUACUCAAGAUUUCGAGGAGAUUGGUGGUAUUUUAGUACAAAAUGAGCACCACAAGGAGAUGUAUCUGACGAAUAUAGUUCUUGAUGGAUUUCUUCAUGGGACUGUUACUCUACCUGUAAUUCAUGGGUUCAUGCAAAGUUUGAUGAUCCUGACAAAAGAAUUUUCUUCACCAACAAGGCAAGCCGCUGGGCGGCGCCAGCGUGUUGGGUUGCUGGAAACACCAAAGAGGGAGACGUCAAUGAGGGAGGGGCUAGCCUCGUUGGCAGCGGCGCCCUGGGCACAGGUGUCAACAGAGAAGGCGCUGCUUAAGGGUGGCUUGGGUGCCUUCUUGAGUUACUUGGACGCUGUCUUUGGUCGCUCAGGCGCCAUCUCGGGUUGCUCGGGUGUCGUCUCAGGCCAAUUGGGCGCCGUCUCAGGUAGUUGGGGUGUCGUCUCAGGCCACUUGGACGCUGUCCCAAGUCACUUAGGCACCAUCCCGGGUGGCUCAAGCGCUUUCUCGGGUAGUUGGAGCGCCGUCUUGGGUGGCUUAGGUGCCAAACCAGGUGCCUUGGGCGCUAUCCCAUGUGGCUCGGGCACCGUCUUAAGUCACUCGGGUGCCAUCUUGGGUAGUUGGGGUGCCAUUUUGGGUGGCUCGUGGUGCUGUCUCGGGUUGCUCGAGCAGCGUCUCGGGUUGCUUUGGUGUUAUCCUGGGUCGUUUGGGCAUCGUCCCAGAUGGCUCGGGCGCUGUCUUGGGUCGCUUGGGCACCGUCCCUGGGUUGCUUGUGCACCGCCUUGGGUUGCUUUAGUGCCGUCUCGGGUCGCUUGGGCGUCAUCCUGGGUCACUUGGCGCCAUCUCGGGUCACUUGGGUGUCGUCCUGGGUUGCUUGGGCGCCACCUUAGGUCACUUAGGAGCUACCUUUGGUCACUUGGGCGCCAUCUCAGGUCACUUGGGUGA